GGCAGGCAGUGUGGACUUUUCAUUCUGGGCGCGCGGACGUACGGAUGUGCGCGCUCUUGACAACGACAACCGCGGUGUCGUGCCAAGUCGUUCCCUCAAAGUGCAUGUGACGCGAUCGGUCCUGUCUUAUUGCGAAGCGGAUUGCCCGUGACGGGCAUGCCAUUGCCCAGGGGAGCCCAAGGGAGCUCGUAGAGAGAAUCGACUGUGACUCCCGCGGGAAAGCGAUGACAAGACGUCACUAGGAGGAGUUACUGAGUGCUUCGAAAGGACCUCGCCUGUGAAGCAGCUAAUCUUCGCCUCAACCUGGAGUUUGCGCGGAACAUAAGGUCCAAGAUGGGCGGCAGCUGCUGGAGCGGCCGCUCGGGCCGCACGCGCAAGAGGAGCGCCAAGACCGGCAGCAUCCUGGCCGACCCCACCUGCAUCCCGGGCAGGAUCAGGCCCAUCAAGAUCACCGCCGUGGGCGACGGCAUGGUGGGCAAGACCUGCAUGCUCAUCACAUACACGUCGCGCCGCUUCCCCACGGAGUACGUCCCCACAGUGUUUGACAACUACUCCGACAACCUGACCGUCGAUGGACAGGAGUUCAACAUGACCCUCUGGGACACAGCUGGCCAGGAAGACUACGAAAGACUUAGGCCAUUGUCUUACCCUAAUACGGACUGCUUUCUCCUGUGCUUCUCAGUUGGAAGCCACAGCUCUUUUGAAAACAUUUUCAGCAAGUGGUACCCUGAAAUCAGACAACAUUGUCCUAAUGUACCCAUCGUUCUUGUUGCCACAAAGACGGAUUUGCGUGAGACACAAGCAGACAGCGUAACAAUAGCCGAAGGCAGAAGAAUGCGUAAGAAAAUCAGCGCAUCAAGAUACAUAGAGUGCUCAGCAAAGGCCAAUGAAGGGCUACCUGAAGUCUUCAUUGAAGCAGUUCGGGCAGUAAUUAAAAAGCCAACUCCUCUCAAAAAGAAAUUAUUCUGCAACUUCCUCUAGUCUAAAUAGAAUAACAGUGUUUGGAAAGAGGGCUACUGACACCUCUGUAUUGCAUAUGCACAUCAAAGAAAGUGCAUUUCAAUUUGUGAUGGAGAGCUCCGUCCACAGUACCCUAAAAAUAUGUGCCUGAGACUGAGAGCAAGUACCCCUUUUGCUGAAAAUAUUUAUCAUGAUUCAUCCAGUAGAUACUAGUUGCUUCAUGUGUCAGUUUGACAGGCUUUCUGACUAUUGAGAUCUCUGUAAGAAAUACUUCAGACUUUUUAGGAUAUAUUGCUGUUUUCGUACUUUUACAUAUUUUGUCCCCUACCCUAUUUACAGAGAUCUUUUAAAUGUAAUCCAGUAUCUUCAAAAACAUUUUUAAGUUUGAUUUUAGAAAGUAGGUGUAUACAUAAUUGUCUUUUAAGAGGUUUCUUUUGACAAAGUGGUUUGAACCUAUAUCAGUGUUACUUCCAGCCAUUGUGAUUCUUCCUUUGAUUCUGCCCUUGUUAGAGCAGUUGUGAAUGAAAGACAAUCUUACCUCACUCAAACAAGAGAGUAAGGAUUGCUGCAAUUUGUUCUCAUUCCCCUUCCCCAAGACUGUAAGAAUAUUUUUAACUUCUUUCCAAACGGUAGUGGGCAAAAUCCUCUGAUAAAUUCUCUGCUGCAGUAUUGUACAAAUGUCUGCAUAACAGACAAAUGUUUAUAGUUUACCAUGUUUUAUGAUGUAUCAAAAGAUAGUUUGCCUGAAGGGAUAACUUGAGAUUUUAUUUAAACCUUCUUGCUUUAGUUUUAAUGCUGUGUGUAAUUUUAGCCAAAGAUUCUAAAAAGAAAUAAAAUUAACAACAGCAUGUAUACAUUAUAAAUGGAAAUGUAUUUAUUGUAAUAAAACAUGAAAUGAAAA